AUGGUUAAACCUCGGUGCGGCUUCCCUGAUUUGGUUAAUGGAUCUCUCAUCAAACACGGGGUGAAGUUAGUUCGGGACCCUUUUAAAAGUGGUUUGUACUACGGGUAUGGAAAACCAAGGUGGUCGAAACUCAAACUAUACUGGUCUGUAGCACCCGGAACGCGAUCAGAUGCCAUUAAUCCAAUUACUUAUGCGUUUUACAGUUGGCAAAAGGUCACGAAGUUCAAUUUUCUAAGAAGUUAUGGAAAUACAGAUAUUCAAAUAAGUUUCACUAGUUACCCUAGUGAGGAUUAUGAGCCAUUUCUACGGCACUCAGGAAUAAUGGCUUACUCACGUCUUCCGCCCAGAGGAACGCUCCGUUUCAGGGCAGACGCUCCUUGGACGAACGGAGCAAGGGCUGAUAAAAUGGACAUUGAAACAAUUGCGGUGCAUGAGCUAGGACACGUACUUGGUCUUAAGCAUAGUAUUGUUCCUUCUGCCGUAAUGUGGCCAUAUUCACAAUCAGGGGUUAUCAAAAGAAAACUACAUGAUGAUGACAUCUACGCAAUUCAGGCAUUGUACAAUUUUCGUUAG